AUGAGCGUCAUCCGCAGCGCCUUGACGGCGCGAGCCUCCACUACUGCCCGUUUGCGCCGUCGUUCUACAGCUGCCAUUGACUGCCCUGCGCCAUUCCAGCACUUCCGUCAACCCGCCGCAAGCUUCGGCAACAGCGUGCGCCCAGACCCCCGAGAAGACGACAUCGUGACCACUCCGCCGACUGUCAAUCCAGACCACGUCGACCAUGAGCGCGAAUUCAUUCUCUCCGUGCUUAGCACCACCGCGACGAAGCGUGACGCUCGCAACUACCUUGCCCGCUACCAACCUCAGACGAAAAAGAAGCAGGCGCAUCGCACCGCGAAGAAGUAUGAGCAGCACCUGGAGCGUGAAACUGCCGCUGCCGUCGAGAAGCACAAUGGCUGGCGCUUGAAGCAGACGGGUGUCAAUCUGGGAAAUCUGUACGCCCCGACCAAGGCGAUGCAAGAGAGCCCUGUUUUCACCCACCAGGUGCUGCCAGAGGAGACCAUUCCCGAGGAAGAGAUCGUUCAGCCCUUGCACGUUGCUCUGGUCAAGGUCCGGGCCGUUGACCUGUGGGAUGAAGCGACCUUGUACGGCGUGGGCUUGACGCUUGGCCAGCUCGUGCGUCUGGGAUUGAGCAUCGCAGUCGUGGUGGACUGUGACGAGGAGGGCUCCCCAGAUGCGCCGGAGAAGCUCACGAAAGAGUGGCGGAACAAGGCGAACGAGCAGGCAGACCGCGUCGUCGAGUCGCUCCGCCGCACCACUCCUCUGGGAGGCGUGCGCAUCAAUGACGCCCUCAGCAUCUCCAAUCACGAGAACGAGUUCUUCUCGAGCCAGGUCGAAGUGCGGGGCGGCGUCACAGUUGAAUACCCGAACCUCCUGAUUCCACUGCUACAGGGCGGAAAGAUUCCCGUCAUUCCGCCGAUAGCAUUCACCAAGGGUGACUUCAAGGUUGCGAGGGUGCAGCCCGAUGAUGCCAUGCUUGCCUUGACCCGCGAGUUCUCUGGCAUCCAGAGAAUCGCAGAAGAAAAAGACACUGCGGCAUCUCCGGAAAUGACUUUGGAGAGGGUCAUUGUAUUGGAUCCGUUAGGAGGAGUUCCCUUUCCCAACCGCGACGAUCGCGCGCAUGUUUUCAUCAACUUGGAGCAAGAAUACGAGGACAUCAGGAAAGACCUUCAGGAGGCUCAGAGAGCCAUGUCACAACAAGCCAAGAAGAGAGGGUGGCUGCCGAACCCUUUCGCCAAGUUCACGAAGCGCGAACUAGCAUCUCUUCCUGUGAACCCUCGAGUCUUGGGGUCCCCAGAUAAGCCUCUCCGUCAUUUGAAAAACCUGGAUCUGGUCCAACGGACUUUGAGACUGCUCCCGCCGGUUUCAUCCGCCCUGAUUCUGACCCCAGCAGAAGCUGCCAUGUCUGCCAUGCCAUCCGACUCCUCCACCCCCGGUGUCCGCACUCGACAGCAAAAGAACCCCCUCAUCCACAACCUCCUCACCGACAAACCCAUGGUAUCCUCGUCCCAUCCAGACUCCCCUCUCGCAUCCAUCCCCUCCAUCAUGCCCGCAACGUUCGUCAAACGCGGCAUGCCCGUAACCAUGAUCCCCAACCCCAACGCGAAGCCGUGGCGGCCGCCGCAACCGGGCCAGCCGAGCCUCGACCUGACCGACCCGCGCAUCGACUUCCCGCGCCUCGUGCACCUCAUCGAGGACUCGUUCGGCCGCAAGCUCGACGUCCAGCACUACCUCGAGCGCAUCCGGAACAAGCUCGCCGGCGUCAUCAUCGCCGGCGAGUACGAGGGCGGCGCCAUCCUGACGUGGGAGUACCCGCCCGACGCCGUCGGCCCGGGCGGCGAGCGCAUCCCCCGCCCGCCCGUGCCGUACCUCGACAAGUUCGCGGUGCUCAAGCGCGCGCAGGGCUCGGGCGGCGUCGCGGACGUCGUGUUCAAGGCCAUGGUGCGCACCUGCUUCCCCGACGGCGUCGUGUGGAGGAGCAGGCGCGACAAUCCGGUCAACAAGUGGUAUUUUGAGCGUAGUACCGGCACGUUGAAGGUGGACGCGUGGGACCAGACUCAGUGGACCAUGUUUUGGACGGCGGAGGAUGUGGAGAAGGACGAGCAGGUGUGGAGGGACUAUCAAGAGGUGUGUAGGAAUAUCGUGGCUAGCUGGGUGGAUAAGAAGCGGCCGGCGGAUUGA